UGUUAUCGAGUAUGUUGGUAGACAGCGCUCAGAAAGUAUCGAUACUUGUUACCUGCAGCCGUUUUUUAUGUGGGGAGAAAUAAAAUAAUUGUUUUUAAAUUAUUUGCAAUAAAAUGCAAGUGUUUGAUUAAAUAAAAACUACGCGUGAGAUGUCACAUGCUAUUUGUGUUGCGACUGUAACGGAUUUUCCCACUUUGGCAAUUCUUAUUGGCAAACCAACAACUGCUGCAAUAAUGUAAGAAACGGGGGACUUACAAAGGUCAAUCGAAGCCAGCAAACGCAGCCUAGAACUAGUUAGGUUUCCACACACAGACAUACUAACACACAUAUACACACACAGUUACAGCAAGCAUGGGCUGGCUGCUGGCGCUCCUGGCGUUGCUCUUGGCCAUCAGCGAGCUGCUAGCAAUCCCAACACCACUCAAGCUACCAGGCUACACACAUAAACUGACGCCAUACAUUAAGCACUGGGAGGCGGCGAACUUUGAUCGCGCCGUGCUGCAGGCCGCGCAACUGCGGCACUUGGAACAGGCACGCGCACGUCGAAAACGGCAAGUUGAGCCCUCAAGUGGCUCACCUGUGGGACUAGCGCACACAAUACGCCUGAAUUUCUCUGCACAUGACAGAGACUUUUUGCUGGUGCUGCGUCAGCAGCCGAAUUCGGUGUUUGCGCAUGACGUGGAAAUCGAGAAUACACUGGGACCCAUCGAUUACGAUGUCUCACGCAUUUAUACAGGCAGCCUGGAGGACGAUGAGGCUGCCCAUGUGCAGGCGAUACUCACAAGUGAUAAUCUGCUGGAUGGCACCAUUGAGACGCAAGCGGAGCACUAUUAUAUAGAGCCAGCGCAGCGUUAUUCACAGCAGCUGGCGGAGAGUGGCGUGCACAGCAUAGUCUAUAAGUUAAGCGAUGUAAAUAUGCAGCACCAAAACUCAUUUGCCACCGGCCUGUCCUCGCAGGCGCCCCUAAAGACACAUUGCGCCAGUGAAAGACUGAGACGCAAGCGCUGGCUGCCUGAGGAGGAGCAUGUCACAGUUCCAACUUAUAACCGCAAUCCGCCGCUGCCGCUGGAUCUGGAGGUUCCCUACAAUGAUGAUUUUCGUGUACUGGCCUCUGAGGAGGAUCGCAGCGAGGAGGCAACUAGAACUAGAACCACAACAACAAACAUGCGCAGCACAGAAAGUUUUCUGGCCACGCUGACCAAACCCACUCCCAAUCGAAACAUACUUGUAAAUAACUAUAAUCCCUCCAACGUUGGCGACACCAGUCGCAGCUACAAUAGCAAUACCAACACCAAUACCAACAGCAAUAACAAUAAUAACGUGCGCAAACUGUACACAAAACAUAAAAACAUCAUCGUUAGCACCUAUAAUCGGCCCAUAGAGCCGGAGUUCGGUACACCCUAUGAGGAGCCGAAUGCCAAUAAUAGCAACAAUCUGCCAAAUAACUUUUUCAAUGCCAAUUGGACAACGCUUUCAAUGAAUAACAACGAUCGACCUAGCCACAAGACCCACGUGGAGAUUAUUACCAAGAACGGCGCUACCAAGAAACCUAACAUCAUUGUGAAUAACUAUAAUCCGGAGAUUAUUUUUGCACCCAAUCCACACAACCCCAGUUUCAAUAGCAUGUUAAUGACGAACCUUUUAAGUGGACGAGGCGAUGACAUCCACAACUCCCCUCGCCUGCUGUACGAUCGCAAGACCACAUGCAUGCUUUAUUUGCAGGCAGAUCACACAUUCUUCCAAAAGAUGGGCAGCGAUGAGGCCUCCAUUGAGGCCAUCACGCGCCACGUGCAACGGGCUAAUUCCAUUUACCGUAAUACGGAUUUCAAUAACGAUGGAAAACCUGACAAUAUUACGUUUAUGAUCAAGCGCAUUAAGGUGCACAAUAUGAAUGCUAUGAAGGAUCCUAGCUAUAGGUUUCCUGGCAACUAUGGUGUGGAAAAGUUCUUGGAAUUAUUUUCAGAGGAGGAUUAUGAUGCCUUCUGUCUGGCCUACAUGUUCACCUAUCGCGACUUUGAGAUGGGCACACUUGGUCUGGCUUGGACAGGUGAUCUUAAGAAUGCGGGUGGCGUUUGCGAAAAAAACGGACACUAUCGUGGCUCCCUCAAGUCCUUAAACACAGGCAUUGUCACGCUUCUGAAUUAUGGAAAACAUGUGCCGCCCGCCGUUUCACAUGUGACUCUGGCCCACGAGAUUGGGCACAAUUUUGGCUCGCCGCACGAUCCGGAGCAGUGCACGCCAGGCGGCGAGGAUGGUAAUUUUAUAAUGUUCGCACGCGCCACUUCUGGCGAUAAGAAGAAUAAUAAUAAAUUCAGCGCUUGCUCCUUGAAAUCGAUUGAGCCCGUGCUGAAUGCCAAGGCGCGUUCCAUGAAGGGCUGCUUCACAGAACCACAGUCAUCCAUUUGCGGCAACGGCGUCGUUGAGCCCGGCGAGCAAUGCGACUGCGGUUGGGAGGAGGAUUGCAAGGACUCGUGCUGUUUUCCCAUGUCCCGGCAACCGCAUCUGGAUGAAACGCCCUGUACGCUGACGCCGCAUGCGCGUUGUAGUCCCUCUCAAGGACCUUGCUGCACCACCGAUUGCAAGGUGAAAUUUGGCGACAAGUGUCGCGAUGAUAAUGGCUGCCGGGAUCCCUCUUUCUGCGAUGGUCGCGUGCCCCAGUGCCCCCCUUCGGUGAACAAACCCAACAAGACCAUUUGCAAUAAGGAGUUUGUGUGCUAUAUGGGCGACUGCACGGGAAGCAUUUGUUUGGCCUACGGGCUGGAGUCGUGCCAAUGCAUACCUGGCCCGCAGGAUGAUCGCAUCAAGUCCUGCGAGCUUUGCUGCAAACUGCCAGGAGAGGAUAAUCCCUGCCGCAGUUCAUUUGAGUGGAACGAAGCGCCGUUCGAUGUGCCCGACAUGUACUCCAAGCCGGGCACACCCUGCAAUGACUACAAUGGCUACUGCGAUGUCUUUCAAAAAUGUCGCGAGGUGGAUCCGUCUGGUCCAUUGGCCACAUUACGCAAGUUGCUGCUAUCCGAGGAGAGCAUUGCCACCUUCAAGAAAUGGGUGCAGCAUCAUUGGUACACAGUGGCUCUGGCCGCCGUUGGCGUAUUUUUGUUACUGAUCCUGAGCACAAAGCUACUGGCGAAACGUUCGAAUCUGAAGCUUAAGUCUGUGACAAUCAUACAUAGCGCCACCACUGAAACGGUGCGUCUGCCGGAGAACAACAAUGGCGUUAUUGUGCACACGGCUGUGCGGACCAAGGUGCCGUUCAAGAAAAAGGUCCGGGGCGAGCGCAGUAAAAAGUCUGGAGCCGGCUUGGCUAUAGGAGCGGCAACAGCAGCAGGAAUACGCAGCAGUGUAGUAACAAAAGGCGGCGCCAAUGUGGAGCCGAAGAAAGCAAGCCGAAUGCAAGCGUUGACUAAAAAGAAGCUGAAAGCAAAUACUGCUGAGGAGGAGCCGACCAAGAAGUCGAAAAAGAUGGGCAAGCACAUGAAGGAAAUCAUUGACUAUUCGCACCGCAACAACAAUAUAGGCGCCGGCGAUGAUGCCUCAAAUUUAUCAACAAGCAACAAUCACAGUAAUACCUUUGGCAAGGUGCAAAAGUGGCUGUUGGAAUCACCUAUUGUGGCACAGCCGCUGUCGCACAUGGAGCAUAGCUCACGUGUUCGCAAGGUGAUGAGCAAGUCGCAAUCAACACCCGAACGACUGGUGCAAAAAGCGCCUCAAAAAACGAAGUCCAUGGGCAAUCUAUCAAAUGAGAAAGUCAAGCUUCAGGUCGUCUACAAGCCACCCUUCAAGUUCUCGCUACGACUGUCCAAGAAGCCCAAGGUGAAGACGCACGUGGUGGGCGUAAGCGCUGGCGCGCGUCCAAAGCGAGCACAGAAGGCCAACAACAACAACAACACUCGCUCAAGUGGACAGGCGGCCACGACAUCCAAGGGCCCGUAUACAGAGCGGAGCAAACGCACCGCCUUGCUACUGUGCAACGAAGCGGAGGACGAUAAUCAAAUACUGACGCUCAACGAGCCAAACUAUGAGACUCUAAAGCUGCCCACGCGCAGCUCUGAGCACUGCUAUGAGAAUGUAGAGCUGCCCGGCAGUGCAAGCGCUGAAGCCGGAGUCACAUCCACAACCAAACCAGGCAGCAACAGCAGCAAUAGCGGUAAUAGCAAAUUAGCGCCCAACUCCAAUCGCGCCAGCUUGGACCCUGCACCUGUCGCUCCAACGCAGCGCAGCUCUUAUCGCCGCUCCAACUCGCUGUCUGCACACAAUCCGUUUGCGGUGGCGCCGCGUCGUAGUAGCAGCAGCAGCAAAGCGGGCAAGCAUGAGGCGCAGCCCGCCGGUGGCUCUAUAAAUCUAACGCGUAACUUUGGCAGCACGCAGAAUCUGAUCAAUCUCAGUCAGAAUAUGGCCAAGUCCAAGAAACGCAGCAGUCUUAAUCUGAAAGCAAGUGCAGCCAAAAACGGCAAAGAUCCGCCUACAGCAACAGCUACAGUAGCAACAGCAGCAGCACCAUCCCAACGUCGCUCCUCUUCCAAUGCGAAUCUGCGCAGAAAUAGUAGCACCUCCAAUGCGACGCCACAGAUAGCGCCGGUGCCGCCUACACGGAACACGCGUAACAGCUUCAGCAACAUUCCACGAGCCAGCCUUAAUGGCCAAAGCAGCACCUCCGCAGCUGCAGCGGCGACGGCGACGCCAACGACGGCGCCCAGCUUCUCGCGCCAGUCCUCUAGCAGCACAACAACAACGACGUCCAGUGGUGGUUCACCCCCACUGCCGCUGCCCCUGCAGCAGUCUGCCUCCACAAGCGCCAUGGUAAGCCAACGGCAAGUGACGCAGCCGGUGCGACGCAGUCUGCACAAUUUCAGAGCACGCGCGUCCAAUGGGACAGCUGCAACAGCUGCACCAACAACAGCAACACUGGACAACGAGCUGCCAUCGGAUCUGGAGGUGGUUGUCUCUGACAUUGAGAAUCUGGUUAGCUAAGAGCAGCGCUGUUCGUAUACAUUUCAAAGCAACCAAGUGAAAGUGAUAAGUCCUAAAGUUAGUUAUACAAAUUGUCGCA